AUGAUAGUAAUAAAGAGUGUUGGCUCCACAUUUGCCUCCCACCUCAAGUUCCAAGCUCGUCUUUACGUGAUGAAAACCAAGGAAAAUUGCAUUUCCAUUCACCAACACAAAGAAGAAAAAAUUCUUGAAGUUUUCUUUCUCAAAGAAACUUCAUUUUCAUCCUUUGGAAGUUUGCAAGGAAAAAAAGUUUCGCAAGAGCAAUGA